CUGGGUAGUGGCUGGGCUCUGUAGUUUCAGACUCAGUCUCCUGCUGACAGGACACAGAAGGUCAACACAGCCUGCCAGGGGAAGGUCAGCACAGCCUGCUUUGAGCCACCACUGCCAGGGAAAAGGGGAGGUGUAGAGCCGUGUGGGGUAGUCAGGGCUAAGGUUCAUCCUGUUAUCGCUGCUCCAAAGAGCCUCUUGUGGGAUAUGCGCAGAGCGGUGAUGGGCAGUGCCUCUCUCGUGCUGAGGGCAGCAGCCUGGUCUUCCCCGCGGCUGCCUCCGCUCUCCUUUAUACGUCACAGGGCCAUGUCUGGGCCAAAUCUGUGGGUGCCCCCCCCAACAGUGCUGCAGCAGCCCCUGGCCGUUCCAGACAGGCUGCUUCUAGGGCCUGGGCCCUCAAACGUCCCUCCCCGGAUUUUGGCUGCAGGUGGUCGCCAGCUUAUUGGACACGUCCACAAGGAAAUGUUCCAGAUCAUGGACGAGAUCAAGCUGGGGAUCCAGUAUGCUUUCCAGACCCAGAACCCGCUGACCCUGGCCAUCAGUGGCUCCGGCCACUGUGCCAUGGAGGCUGCGCUCAUGAAUGCAGUGGAGAGAGGAGAUGUGGUGCUGGUGGCAGUGAAUGGCAUCUGGGGCGAGCGUGCAGCAGACAUCUCGGAGAGGCUGGGAGCUGAUGUUCAACAGAUGGUGAAGUCCCCUGGAGAGUACUUUACACUCAAGGACAUUGAGCAGGGUCUGGCACAACACAAGCCAGCAGUGCUCUUCAUCACACAUGGGGAGUCAUCCAGUGGUGUGCUCCAGCCGCUGGAUGGCCUUGGGGAGCUUUGCCACAGGUAUGGCAGCCUGCUGCUGGUGGACUCAGUAGCAUCACUGGGUGGUGCUCCUAUCUUCAUGGACCAGCAGGAGAUUGACAUUUUAUACUCAGGAUCUCAGAAAGUGCUAAAUGUUCCUCCUGGCACUGCUCCAAUCUCCUUCAGCGAGAGAGCCAGGAAGAAGAGUUUAAACAGGAAGACAAAGCCUCCCUCUUUCUACCUGGACCUGGGCUGGCUAGCUAACUACUGGGGCUGUGAUGGCAAGCCAAGAAUGUACCACCACACACCACCCGUCAAUAACUUCUUCAGCCUGAGAGAGGGCUUAGCUAUACUGGCUGAACAGGGGCUGGAGAACUCCUGGAAGUUGCACAAGGAGAACUGCCUCUACCUACAUGAGGGGCUGCAGAAGCUGGGCCUCAAACUCUUUGUGAAGGAAGAGGUGGCAAGGCUUCCAACCGUCACCACCAUUGUAGUGCCUGAGGGAUAUGACUGGAAAGAGAUCACAGAGUUCCUUAUGAAUAAAUAUGCGAUUGAGAUCACAGGGGGCCUGGGGCCUUCAGUAGGAAAGGUUCUUCGAAUAGGACUCAUGGGCUAUAACUCCACCAAAUUCAAUGUCAACAGAGUCCUCCAUGCCCUGAAAGAUGCCCUCCAGCAUUGUCACAAAAGCAAGAUGUGAGUUCCUUGUGCUGCAGCUUCAGAAACAAGGAUGGAGAGGCCAGCUCCGGCCUUGGUCAUGCCAUUGUCUUAUCUAGAAUUCAAAUCAGAAGGUGGAAAGGAGAUGGUGCCCUCUUUCCCUCACGUCUAUUGUACCUGGCAAAAUAUUGGUGAACACCUGGCCAGCUGAAGCACCUUCCAGGGGAGAAAGGAGUCUUUCAGACUCAGAAGGGCAGAACGUUCCAUUGAGAACUGGCUGUUUGCAGUAUUGAUUGGAUCUGCACAUGGACAUUCAGAGUGUUUGCUUUACUGGCAAAUAAUCAGCAUGUGGGAGGGGCAGUGUGGGAUUGACAGGAAAAAACAAGAGGGGACAAGGCCAAUGAAGUGCUGGAGGAGUGGAAUAACAUGAUCCAGCUGAUAGGUGCAGUUAUAGAUCUGAUUUGGCUUUCAACCUGUCCACAGCAGGAGGAGGUGGUGAGGCAGCAGCAUACAGAAUUAUCCCACAGCCCUGAUCAUGACUUGAUUUUGCAGCAUUCACUUGUGGAACAAUGCACUCCAGCAUACAAGGGGAAAGGUGAGGUGGUCAUAGAGACCCAGUGCAACCUGAGUGUGCAUCAGCAGUGUUGUGUGAUGCUCUUGCCCAGAAGCCAGAGUGGGCCUACAUAGGGGGGCAAGGAGCUAAGUGUCCUGUUUACAUGAUGGGGAGCACAGGUAAGCCCCUGUCUCUUCAGCCAGGCCUACUUUGCUCCUAUGUCCCCUCCUUAGCACCCUGCAGUCUUUAAAAGUUAUAAGCAGUGCAGGAUCUAUUGCUGCCUAGUGCAGAGAGCUGGCUUAUCUACACCCUCUGCACUCAUAGCCUCCCUUUACACUCCUUGCAGCAUGGCAGCUGUGCUCUGAUCUGCAGGCCCAAGGCCUUCUAGGAACAUGGCUUCUUGUUCAGCCCUGUCCACUUCUUCCUUCUCCUUCCUUGCAGCUUCUGCCCCAAUUGUCCCCACAGCCAGCAGGGGCUAGGCCACCAGCACACAGUGGUCCUGCAAUUAGGAAGCUACAUCCUCCAAAAAAGGUAUUUUAAACCAAUCAGGACCAUAGGAUCAGAUGCCAGGCUCUAACUGCAGGAUUUGAUAUACAAAACCAUACAAAAACAAACACCAUGUGCAUGUGUAAAUUUGCCAGUACGUGCGAUGUGAACAGAGGGUGGAAUACACUAUAUUAAUAAACAGAGACAUGUGGCACAACA